UCGGUAUCCGUCUGGCGAAGGCGUCGUAUACCUACCGUUCACCUGUGACGAUUAGGCACCCAUCAGUUGCGAUCGUAUUCUUUCCUCCACGCCGAACCGGCUAUCUUGGCAGAAAUUUUAUUGCUCAUAUGGAUACUCAUAAAAUGUUGUGGUCCAGCUUUAGCAAUGGGCAUUUGUCAUGUUACUGAUAAAAUUAUCAGUGUAGGUUAUUUUCGUGUCGUAUGAAACCUUCAUCAGAGCAGCAAGUGGUUACUGAAGCAAGCCAAGGAAUUGUUAGACGCUAGUGAUUUAUACAACUGGAUUUGUCUUUUAAAUUUGAGACAGCAGAAGCAAUCCUAUGAAAUUACCGUAUAGUAUUUUUGUGUAGUUGUUGCAGCUCAUAACUCAAAAACGAAAUGUCUGAUACUGGAGAAUCAUUGGUUGUAAUUGGAGGAAUUGAAGGUGGAGGUGGUCAUUCAGUGGCGGUGCUAUUUGACAGCAAAGGUAACAAACUGGUCGAACUACAAGGACCUUGUACAAAUCACUGGUUGAUUGGAAUGGAUGAAUGCCAAAAUAGGGUUCAUGCUAUGAUCCAAGAAGGAAAAAAGAAAGCUGGAUUACCUGAAGACUUGUCCUUGAAGGCCUUAGGACUCUCUUUGAGUGGCUGUGAAGAUGAUGCUACAAAUGAAGAACUAAAACAAGGAUUCAUGAAAAAAUUUCCUUCCCUUAGUCUGAGCUACUAUGUUUGUAGUGACACAAUGGGAUCUAUUGCCACUGCGAGUGAAAAUGGUGGUCUAGUGAUAAUUUCUGGAACUGGUUCAAACUCAUUUCUAUUGAAUCCUGAUGGAUCAACAGCAAGAUGUGGAGGAUGGGGCUACCUCUUGGGUGAUGAAGGAAGUGCUUUUUGGGUUGCUGACCAGGCAAUCAAAAUCUUCAUUGAUGAAGAAGACAAUAGACGCUGUCCUCCUCACGAUACUACAUACAUCAGAAAAGCCAUUUUUGAGCACUUCAAAAUCACUGACAGAUUUGGACUACUAGAGCAUUGUUACACCAACUUUAGCAAAGCUGUUUACGCUGGGCUAUGUGCAAGAUUAGCCACUGGCGCUCACGCUGGAGAUGCUUUAUGUCUUCAUAUAUUCCACGAGGCUGGACGAUCUCUUGGAGAGUACGUUGGCGCUUUACUCCCGUCAAUCAGCAAAGAACUCCUUAAUGAACCAAAUGGGUUACCCAUAAUAUGCGUUGGUGCCGUCUGGAACAGUUUUGACCUGAUGGAGAAAGGUUUUACUGAAGGUGCAAAUACCCAACCCGGCCCAAGAAAAUGCCCCAAUGCCCUAGAACGUUUCAGUUUGCUGCAAUUGCAAACAACACUGGCUGUCGGGGCAGCCUAUAUGGGGGCUAAAUUUGCCAAAAUUGACUUUCCACGAGAGUAUGGCCGUAAUUCUAAAGUUUUCUUUUCGAAAACUACAUAAGAGGAGGUCCAUUUAGUAUAAGCUCUGGUUUUAUACAACCCUUCUAAUAUGUUAUAGCAACAGUGAAAAUUAGUAAGCCUUUACAAUGCAAACUGUGCGUUACAUGUUUUAGCAGAUGUCCUGUCUGGCGUAGUCUAAAAGUAAUUCAAAUUUCUCUAGGAGAUAAUGGGACUGAUUAAAAAAAUCAUUUUUUGAGUUUUUAAAUUUUAAUAGGGAAUGCUAUCACAUAUAUUUAACGAUCAUGUUUCAAUUUGUUGUUGAUGGUUUGAGAGCAAUAAAUCAACGUUCAAUACAAGUAUUACAAAAUC